UUGCGUGCUGCGUGCUUGCGUCAGGCGGACUGUGGCGCGGCUGAUCUGGUUCCCGCCAUCUGCCCUUUCCACUAAGCUAAGAGGAGGCCGGGCCGCGGUGGGUCAAAGCGAGCCAGGCCAGGCCGGCGCCGGGGCUAAAGUGGAGAAUAACCCCGAAGUAGGAAGGAAGGAGGCGGCAGUGGCGGCGGCGGCAGCAGCAGCAGCAGCAGCAGGGAGACAACGUCCAGGCCGUGAGUGGUCUGUGAGGAAGCGGAAGGUGGAAGGGAAAGCUGCCGCACGCCCGCCAUCGCCGGAUUUGUGUUUAAAAGCAAACUUCAUUAUUUUCAUAAACUAGUUGUAUGAAAACAUGGCUCCACUGAAAUUACGUGGGUCUAUUCGCUUGCGCAGCAUACAGACUGGGACUACAAAAUGGAAAGAAGGGACAUUCGAAGUAGUUGAUAAGGAUAGCAAAGUGACUCUGGCGAUUCACUACAAUGCUGGAGGAAUGCCAAAGAUAUUUCAGCUAAACCAUAAUAUAAAAACUGUGAAUGUGCGACCAAGUAGAGGGAAACUGUGUUGCUUGAUGAUAUCAUUAAAGGAUUCUAGUUUCCUGACUGUGGAUAAAAUACCACCUAAGGAUGCAGAGGAAAUGAAGCAGUUUCUGGAGGCUGUUCAAAAUGGAGUUCAUCCAGCUGUGAAAUCAUCCCAAGGGUCUGGCAGUUUUGGUGUUCUGGGCAGUAGAACCACGCAGAAGGAUUCUAACAGGCAAUUCCCAUAUAUUGAAAACCAGACUCCUUCAAAAAAAGGGAUUGUAGAAAAUAAAGAUGAAACUCAACUUCGUAAGGUGCUGGGCACCCCAGGAAGGGCAUCAAUUAAGAAUUCUUCAGUAACUGGAAUGCCUGGCUACCGAGUUACCAUUUCUAGUCCUUCUGCUGCUUCAACACCUCACAGAACAGGGCUGUUGGAAAACCGUGAAAGAAGGAAAAGGACACCACCUACCUCUGAGAUGAAUGAAGAUUACCCAAAAGAGAAUGAUUCAUCAACCAAUAACAAAGCCAUGACUGAUCCAGCACGGAAAUUCUUAUAUAACAGCAGGGAAAAACAGAUGAGCUUGAAACAGACUGAGGAGAAUAGGACAUCAGGAGUUUUGCCUUUACAAUCCUCUUCAUUUUAUGGUAGCAGAUCAUCUUCAAAGGAUUAUUCAGCUGGAAGUUCUAAUUUGGACAGGACUAAUCUGUUGAAUCAGACUCCUUCUGCGAAAAGAAGCUUGGGGUUUCUCUCUCAGCCAGCCCCUCUCUCUGUUAAAAAAAUGAGACCUAACCAGGAUUACAUGGGUUGGAACAAGCCACGAGUUCCCCUUUCCACUCACCCACAGCAGCAACUGCAAGGGUUUACAAACUUGGGGAAUACCUGUUACAUGAAUGCUAUUUUACAAUCUCUAUUUUCAAUUCAAUCAUUUGCUAAUGAUCUUUUGAAACAAAAUAUCCCAUGGAAAAAAGUUCCAAACAAUGCACUUAUCAGGCGCUUUACCCAUCUACUUGCUAAAAAAGAUGUUUGUAGCCCUGAAGUAAAGAAAGACCUACUUAAGAAGGUGAAAAAUGCAAUUUCAGCUACUGCAGAGAGAUUCUCUGGUUACAUGCAAAAUGAUGCUCAUGAAUUCUUAAGUCAGUGCUUGGAUCAGCUGAAGGAGGACGUGGAGAAGCUGAACAAAACUUGGAAGACUGAGCCAAUUUCUGGUGAAGACAGCUCUCUAGGACGUAUAUCUGAUGACUUGUCAGCCACCAGAGUGUACACAUGCCCAGUAAUUACAAACUUAGAAUUUGAAGUUCAACAUUCUAUCAUAUGUAAAAUGUGUGGUGAAACCGUCACCAAACGGGAGCAGUUUAAUGACCUUUCAAUUGACUUGCCAAGGAGAAAAAAACUUCAUCCAUCUCGAUCUAUCCAGGAUUCCUUGGAUCUCUUUUUUAGGGCAGAGGAGAUAGAAUAUUCUUGCGAGAAAUGCAAUGGAAAAUCUGCUCUUGUUACACACAAAUUCAGUCGGUUUCCCAGGGUCUUGAUUCUUCACCUGAAACGGUACAGCUUCAAUGUGGCGCACUCCCUCAAUCACAAAGUUGGACAGCAAGUGGUGAUGCCAAGAUUUUUAACCCUGCAGUCACACUGUACAGAAAGCACAAGGCCCCCACUUAAUCUGGGGUGGAGUGCACAAUCAGCAGUCUCUCGGCCACUGAAAGUAUCCCAAAUGGUGAAUUCCUGUUCUGCCAGCAUUUUCACGCCCUGUCGAAAGUACUCAUUCAAGUUUAAAUGUCCUAAUCUAAACACCCUGGAUUCAGACAGUGAAGAUGAACCACUGAAACGUCCCGUUGCAAACAGCCAAAAACAAUGUGAUUUCCAAAGCAGGGAGCAACAACGAGAAGAACUAGAGAAAGGUUCAAAGAAAAUCAAAACAGAGAGUGAUAAGGCUUCAGAGCCAACAAAUGCUGGCUUUGAUGGAAUGAGUGAGGAGGAACUUCUAGCAGCAGUCCUGGAAAUCAGUAAGAGGGAAACAUCACUGUCACUGAGCCAUGAUGAAGACAAGCCCACAAAUAGUCCAGACACUGGCUUUGGAGAUGAUGAGCUGCAGGAAUUGCCAGAUCGUAUGGAACCUAUGGAUGUGGAGAAGCCUAAAGCACUCGCAGAGCCAGGUUUUGCCAACUUCCCUGAGAUAACUAAAGAUUUUGAUGAGAAUAAGGAAAAUAAAACUCCGGAAGGCACUCAAGGAGAUGUUGAUUGGCUGCAACAGUAUGACAUGGAGCGAGAAAGAGAGGAACAGGAGCUACAGCAGGCUUUGGCUCAGAGCCUCCAAGAACAACAGGAGGCGCGGGAACAAAAAGAAGAUGAUGACCUUAAACGAGCCACUGAAUUAAGUCUGCAAGAGUUUAACAGCUCUCUUCUGGACAGCCUGGGCUCUGAUGAGGACUCUGGGAAUGAGGAUGUUCUGGACAUGGAGUACUCAGAAGCAGAAGCUGAGGAAUUGAAAAGAAAUGCUGAGACAGGAGAGCUGCCCAACUCCUAUCGACUCAUUAGUGUUGUCAGCCAUAUUGGAGACACUUCCUCCUCAGGUCACUAUAUUAGUGAUGUGUAUGACAUUCGCAAGCAAGUAUGGUUCACAUACAAUGACUUGGAAGUAUCCAGAACUCAAGAAGCCUCUGUGCAGAGUGACAGAGACCGGAGUGGCUACAUCUUCUUUUAUAUGCACAAGGAGAUAUUUGAUGAGUUGCUAGAAACGGAAAAGAAUAUGCAACUGCCUUGCACGGAGGUGGGGAAGCCAGUUCGGCAGCCCAUAUGAAAAAUGUCUCUUUAACUGAGCACAAGUGAUUUCUGAACUUUUGCCUGACAUGCAAGAGCCACAAACCCGAGCACUCAGGGCAUAGUUGAAAUAACCCCAUGGAAUAGAAGGAAUGGACCAAUUCACACCUUCCUUUUGAACUUCAACCAUGCAGCUAAGCUUCUUUUACCUGGAGUUUCCUUCUUAUUCUUUUGUUUUAAAUAGUCAAGAAAUAAUUGUGCCAGCAGCCAUGGCGUUAAUCAGGCCAGAGGAUUUAAUGGCUCCGAGUCCUUCAGAAACUCAUAAAAGGAUGGUGUGAGAAGCAACUGCAAGUUUGCCCAUUUACCUCUCACAGGGAAACUGAGAAGAUGCUACAUAUUGGGUAGCUUUCUAUGCCUUCCCUACACGAGAGCAAAAUAAGCAAUAGUCUCGAAUCUGGUAAACAUUGUGUCCAUAACGUGAAUUGGAAAGUGCUGAUGGCUGACUCAGCUAAAUGGAGUACCCUGGCAUCGCUGAAACUGGGACACCCAUGAUCUUUAAUACAGGAUCACACAGAUCCAGGAAACAAACUGUCGGUGCUUUGGAACCCAUUGAUUACAUCUUCACAUAGUUCAUUUUCGUCCUUGUUUUUAAAGUUUAAAUAUAUACUAUAUAAAUAUAUAUAUAUAUAUAAUUUUUAAAGUUUUUAUUCUUUUUUGACUGCGUUCUUUUCUAAGUACUGCCAUUUGCAGAACAGUUUUAUUUCUCUGUGAGCAUUUGUGUGUAUAAUCUGUAUUAGUCUGUGUGUGUGUGUGUAUGCUGUGUUUCACUGAAGACUGUCCCGGUUUGGCAAUGAGAGAGGCAGCUAAGUGGAAGUGCAAGUCCUGGCUUUUGGCAGGUCUUUUUUGACCAGUGCCCAGCUAGUACUAAUCAAUAAAUGAAGCACGAACGAGAGUUCUGUGUUCCCUGUGUUUGUGUUGGCUUUCAGCCCUGAAAAACUGCACAUGCUUGAAAGGUGUAUGUGUGUGAUAGCUUUCCCAACUUUACUCUAUUGGGCAAGAGUUGUAUGCCAACAGAUGAAAUAUUAAAAUGUACCUGGAUUUAUUCUAGUUGUGUGGUAAGUGCAGUUAAAUCAGAUGAAAAAAAUCAGAGAACUCUCAAAAGUGGUUAUUUGAUGUUUUUUCAAGACAUUUCAGGGUGUAGAUGUUAGGGUUUUGUUAUUUAAUAGUAUUUGGAUAACACGAAACUCAUUUUGUAGCUUAUUUGACAAAAAAGACGAACAAGAAAAAUACUAUCUAGAAUUAUUUUGUUUCAGUUCCUCAUUUUAAUACUGGAAAUUUAUUCCAGUUUUUUCACUUUUACUUUCGUGGCAAUACAAUUGCUAAUAAUUGAGGUGCC